AUGGGUAUUGAUUUCGACGUUUUUCAAAAUCCUGAACCAACCAGCGCGCUUUGGAAAACCUGGAAAUGUCUCGUUGACACGGAAGGAUGGACGUCAGAUGACAACUCUGUGACGCAAUUGACUCCGUCGUUGAAAUCUACUCGAAGCGUCUUCGCCGUUACGAAACAAGAUGAAAGUUUCAUUGGAGCUGUUAUUUGGAACGAAUACGAUAAUAUUAGUUUCAUCGGAUUCUUUAUUAUGGCUCCGAACUAUCGUGGAAAAGGUGUAGGCUUGAAAAUUUGGAAUCAAGCAGUUUCACUAAUGCCUAAAAGUAGUGUAAUUGUAUUGAGAGCAGUUCCGAAUAUGGUCGAUAAGUAUCGCGCGAGUACGACACCAGUUUUCGGGCCAAAACUCAUCAACUAUCGUUGGAGCGUUGCUGAUUUUUAUAAAGCUAUCCAAUCGAAAGGAGUUGACGGUUAUAAACCAAGGUUCACUACAAAUGGAUGCAAAAUUGAUCUGGAUCAAGAAAACUUCGAUAAGUUCGUUACUGGGCGACAGAGAAAAGAUUUCUUACGUGUGUAUCGUGAACUUCCUUUUACUCAAGGAAUGUAUCUCUAUGAUAGCGGCAAUAGAAUUGCAGCACACGUAGAAGUGGUUAGGACUUCAAAUGAAGAUGCAAACCUCUACAAAAUUGCUCCACUUUAUGCGAGAAAUGAGGAAAUCGCGUUUACAGCACUUCGCGAAUUCUCCAAAAUGCUGCUCGAAAAAUAUCCAACAGCUGAUUUGCUGUUUCACGUUUUAGACACUCAGAAUGGACAACAAAUCGCAAAAUUUUUUGAGGAGCAUGGUUUGGAACCUCAUUUGAGAUUCUUUCUAUUUAUUUGA